GGUGGGUACGUAACUUCUUUGGCACUGGCAUCUGGCAGUGGAGUAUUUAAAUGUGGAAUGGCUGUGGCUCCUGUUUCCAGCUGGGAAUAUUACGCAUCUAUCUACACAGAACGAUUUAUGGGUCUUCCUAUAGAGUCGGAUAAUCUUGAGCACUACAAGAAUUCAACUGUGAUGGCAAGAGCAAAGAAUUUCCAAAACGUAGAGUAUCUUCUCAUCCAUGGAACAGCAGAUGAUAAUGUACAUUUUCAGAACUCAGCACAAAUUGCAAAAGCUCUGGUUAAUGCACAAGUGGAUUUCCAGGCAAUGUGGUACACUGACCAGAACCAUGGAAUUCCAGGCCUUUCCAGCAAACAUCUCUACACACAUAUGACCCACUUCCUCAAACAAUGUUUUUCUUUGUCAGAAUAAGCAGGCUAUUCAGAGCAUGCGAAGGCCUCUGACACAUCUCUGGGAGAAUACAAUGAUUACAGUGCCCAGGUUAUGUCGUUUUCAGGUGAACUGAUAACAGGAACUUUGGAGUUUUAAACUUGACAUUUACAUCCA